GUCGGCACUCGACAUUGGUGAGAUCGGUCAUCGACCUUAGCAGAAAUCCAGUUUUGGUAUAAAAAAUGGCAACACAUUAAUUGAUCUGUCAAAGCGAAGUACCCGUACCCAUGUGAAUGUGUGAUUGUUGAUUGCUUAUAUUUUAAAUCUUUCCCCUGAAUUAUAUCUGCAAGUGAAAGCUACAAUUGAAAAAUAAAUAAAUAUAUUAGAUAAUAUUAAUGAAUAAUAUCAGAUGCCAGUCGCCAUGACUCAACAAAAGCCCCAAAUGAACAAGAAGCAGUUAAGAGCGUUAGUUACAAAAGAAUUCAAUUUUUUGAAAAAUGUGUUUUCAGUAGUAUCGCUUCCUCAAAUUAAAGAUGAAAAUGCUGACGAAGAUAUGUUUAGUGAUAACACUCCAAAUACAGAGGAGAAAGAAUUGCCAAAACGAGCCCGCAGCAUUGCAGAGUUAGAGGAAAAACUAGAAAAACUGAAAUCUCAGAAAAACUUCAAUUUGAAAAACAAAUUGGUUAAGAAAAGCAUCAGUAGCAAACUGAAUAAGAAAUUAAAGAAAAAGGAGAGACAGAAUAAUAAAAAAAUGAAAGUGGCAAGUGAGAAACCUGUACCUGUGGAGAAGACAGAGCCGGAAGAAAAACCUAAAGUACCAAAGCAUGAAGUUUUGAAACAACAAAAACCAGUGUUCAAUGCUGAUGGUAAAUUAGUAUUCUCCAAGUUUGAUUUUUCAAGUGUCGGUCAGCCUGACAAGUCGCAGAAGAAGGAAAAAGAUCCCAAAAAGAUUUUGGAGAACUUAAAACAGCAAGAAGAAAAAUUCCGUGAGCUAGAAGAGAAAGAUGAAGGACACAAAGCUAAGGAAUUAAAAGAAAAAAUGGCAUGGAAGACCAUUCUUCAGAAAGCUGAAGGUCAAAAAGUUAAAGAUGAUCCAUUGUUGUUAAAGAAAUCUAUAAAGAAAAUGGAUCAAUUAAAGAAGCAGAGUAAAAAGAAGUGGGAGAAGAGAAUUGAGAAUGUGGAACAGAAGAAAGAUGAGAGGCAAAAGAAGAGGAAAGAAAAUAUUUCUAAAAAGAAAAAGGAGAAGAAAGGAAAAAUUAUCAAAGCUGCUGUUAAGAGGGGUCGUGUUGUUAUUUAAGUUGAUUUUAAGACUAAUAAAGAUUGUACAUAAUUUA